GUAAAAGUGUGCUGUCACGAGUGACCCUCGCUUGGUAUAGACCGCCUGCUGAGGUAUAGACUUGUAUAAUCUGCGUGAGGAGGAGGAACAAAUAUAUAAGUGACCUAGACUUUUCCAUUCAAGUCAGCCCCCAUGAACAACUUGAAUGACCCCCCCAGAUGGAACAUCAAUCCAGACACCGGAGGGAGGGCGGCAGCAGGGGGCGGUGAUGGCAACCAAUGGAACUACGCCCUGCUGGUCCCUAUGCUGGGACUGGCUGCAUUUCGUUGGAUCUGGACAAGGGAGUCUCAGAAGGAGAUCCAGGAGAUCAGAACCCAGUAUGACAAGGAUGUGUCCAUUAUAAAAAGUGACAUGGAGGCACGGUACCGGGAGACACUGACAGAGAGGCGCAAGGCAGCCGCUGUAUUGGAGCUGGAACUGGAAAAGGAGAAACAGAGGGUGAAAGGCUACAAGCAGGCCAUGGUCUCACAGAGCCAGCAGCUGACGGAGGAGCGGAAACGGCUACAAAAGGAGCGAGAGGCUUUGGAGGAAGACAAGCAAAGGCAGGUAAAGUCUGGAGCUGCGGGUGCUGUGCUGCAACACGCUCUGGAACGAGAGCAGGACUGGUACCAUCGAGCCACGGCCACUUUGAAGGAGUUGGAGGGUCAGCUUGUGGAACGCCAGAAUGCCUACUGUUCCCUUAUCCAACCUCGAGACCAGCGGCUGGAGAUGGAGAAGAACAUACUCCUGAGGGUCGUCAAAGACCCGAUCGGGGCAGAACUAGAUCUGGAAUCCGACCUGAAGGAUAUUUUUAAGAGAGAUAAGCACUGUGCGGACCUGCUAAACGUCGACAGGAGGAAGAAUGGAAGCCUCAUGUGGGUCUAUCUCAGGUACUGGCAGCUGCAGGUCACUGUCAAGAAACACAAGAAAGCUGAGGAAGCCAUAUUAGGAGGGAAAAUCCAGUUUCACACUAAGUGACAAAAGACAAAGAUCUGCAGGUUUUUUUCAUUUGACUUUUGAAGAACGUUGAACAUAUUAUAAUCAGGAAUGGAAAAUACAUGUAUUGUUGACUCUAAUUAAUGAUCCUUACUUGACUGGAAUGUUAUGAAAACAUACAAUAUUAUCUCAACAAGAUCAUGUUCAGCAUUUGAAAGUUCCACCCUUGAUCUCAUAAAAAAAGAGGAGAACUUUUGUCAGGUUUAACAUGCUGAAAUAUGAAUAUGACCAUAACCUCAGAAGCCCCAAAUAAAACUCUUUAGUUUUAAAUUAACUGUGGGAAUAUGCAUUAGAAUAUUUAUGGUAAUAUCCACAUUGGAUUGUUGAAUUACAUAUACAGAUUAAUUUUUUCCAUUAAAACACAUAGGAAAUAUUGUCUGGAAAUCUGCAAAUUUCACUGUAUUUUAUUGGCCCAUGAAUAUAAAUAAUAAUGUCAAAGAAAACUACAUUAAAGCUAAACAACGAUGGAUCUAAAACACACUCAACAUUAUAAAUAGUUUUAAUGGUAAUGUCUUUCAUUUCUCUGUCGUGUUGAUACUUGGUUUUAAUAUGUUGAUGGGUUAUUGUGGGAGAGUUUCUAGUCUGCAGUGCGGUUUUGUGCUAGGCUUACAACGAUCAGGGAGGAGGAGACAGGACUUUUUCAGGUGCAUGUGAAUCUUAAUAAGGGAACAGAGCAAAAAGUAGUGCUUAGUACUGAAACUUGUUAUUGCAUUGCUACAAAAAACACAACUAAUCAAACAACUAUCGAAAUCUAUAGCAUUUUUUAUGAUUAAACAAAUCUAUCGAUCUGUCUUUCCUGUAAUGUUUUAAACAUACCUUGGUGAGAAAGUAUGUUGGAUGAAAGGAUGUAAUGUCAGUGACUAUUCAGUGCAAUCCUUCAAUUUUUUUAAAUUUUUUUUUAAACUUCCUCUUCAGGUUCCUCAUGUUUACUCCUUAGAAUCUCAUAAGUACUGUUGCAUUUAUCAAAGUAUCAUGACACCUCUUUUGGGACCCCUUUACAAUGGUGUUGUCUUGCCAGAAAAUGGUGCUGUUUUCUGAAGAAGAGUCACUUUAACGAUGGCCAAAUAUGGCAAAUUUUAGACACAAAGUGUGUAAAUGAUGAAAUGGGUCUGUAUACUCUCUGGAGCCAUUCAUUGUCAACCAAAACAGGAGUUUGAAUAUCAAUGUAAAACUAAAAAUUAUUUCACUGAUGUAAAUUGUGCAUGAUGUCAUUUUUCUAAAUAAUAAAAAAAGAACAUAUAUGACAGUA